UAAAAAUUUGAAUUGAAUAAUUAAAUAUGGAUAUAAAGCUUUUAGCUUUAAUAAGCUUGAACUACUGAAGCACAUACCUCGCGUACUCUUUCUUCCCACCCUAUCUGCCCAAGAUUGCGCAUGAUGAAGUUGGACUGGGGGAAUCAACAAUCGGAAUGAUCAUGAGCUUCUGGUAUGUAGGAUACUCAGCCUGAGCAGUGUUGAUGUCACACAUUCUCCGGUACACAGGAAGGAAGAAUGCAGUUAUACUUGGCCUCAUCCUUCUUUCCUUUGAUUUCAUCCUAGCAUCUCUUUGAACUAAGAUGAAAACUGAGACUACAUUUGUCAUUAGUUUCUGUUUUGUUAGGUUUUUGAACGGAGUUUCCCAAGCCUUCGUUCAAGUUACUACUUAUUGAAUAAUCGCUACUUGCUUUCGAGAGAAUAUUGCAAAGGUCGUAGGAAUUAUUGAAUUCUCAUGGGGGACAGGUAUAGCAAUCGGGCCUCUUCUCAACGAAUUUCUUUAUAAUUCAGGUGGAUUCCACCUUCCUUGCUAUGUACAUGCAGGUCUCAUGCUAGUCCUAUCUGGAGUAACUUGGUUAUUUAUGACAGAAAACAUUGAAGGUCACUCAGAAGAUGAUGACGAAACUAAGGAUUUUCAUCAAACUGAUAGCUCAAUCAGUAUGCAAUCUAUUGACCAAGACAAUAGGGAUAAGAUUUCAUUUAUGGAGCUAUUCACUUACAAAUUGUUCAUAUUCGGCUUGCUCUGCUCCUUCUUUAAUUUGAUUCUUUAUACUCUCCUUGAGCCAUUGUUGACCAACAGGCUACUAGAGAUGGGAGUGAAAGAGAAAAAUCUGGGUGAAUACUUCUGAAUCCAACCCUUUGUUUACUCUGGGAUAAGCAUUCUAGUGGACACCCUCAUACUAAAGCAUAUGUCUAAAAGGCUAUGACUAAUCCUUGGCUUUAUCGUAUUUGCGAUAGGGUUCUUAUUCACAGGUCCUUCAGCAAUAAUUAUGAUAGAGCCAAGCCUUCACGUAGUCUGACUGGGAUUAGUCCUUCUUGGAAUAGGCUGCUCACUCUCAUUCGUACCAAUCUUUCCUGAACUUAUCGAAUCUGUCAUCAGCGAUUACACUGACAGGGUUGAAGACUUGAACAAUACCGUUGCCAGUAUAAUGAACGCGUCUUAUGGUUCAGCUGCACUUGGGCAGUUAUAAUUGGAGGAUUCCUCACACAGCAUCUUAAUUUCGUGCGUACUUGAGAAAUAUUUGGCCUGGUUUCAUUUGCCUUUGCCAUAAUUUAUCUUGUGUUCGGCCACUUACCAACACUUAAAGCAAGAGUUGUGAAGAUGGAAGAAGUUAAAGACGAAGAAAAGACAAGAGAAAGUAAUGAUAUACAGAUUAAAAUGGAUACUGAAACCAAUAGAUCAGAAGAUGUUGGCGGUCAUGAAAUACUUUAUGACUAAGCCAAUUAGUUGGCUGAUCACUAAGACACGCCAUAAAUAGUAAGGUAAUCAGCAGUCAUAGCAGCUGUAUAAGAUUAGGAUAAUGAAAAAGGAAAUAACAGAUAUUUCCAACUUUCUACGACCAUUUUGGAUACCUUCAAAGAUUUUUGGUAUUUUUAGUUGAAUCAAUUCAAUAAUCC